AAAAUGCGGCUUUGCAAAAGCAAUCGGAUGCAUUGAUGGCACGCAUAUCGUCAUUGAUCCUCCAGCUGUGCGGAAAGAUGACUACAUUGACCGGAAAGGCAACAUUACCCUUACUAUGCAGGCCAUUUGCGAUGAAAAUAAAAAGUUCAUCAACAUAUUCGUUGGAUUUCCCGGAUCAAGUCACGAUAGUUGGGUUUUUCAGAACUCGCCUAUUUACCAAAAAUUGUCAUCGUAUUGUGGAGAUUACUACUUACUAGGAGACUCUGCUUACCCGUGCACUCAGUACGUAAUCACGCCAUAUAAGGAUAAUGGUCACUUGACGGCCGCGCAGAAAAACUUCAAUGUGAAGCUAAGCUCCGGUCGCGUUGCAAUUGAGCACACAUUCGGAAUCCUGAAGCAGCGAUUUAGGCAGUUGUACUAUUGUAAGCUAAGGGGUAGUAGGAAGUUGUGCCACUUCAUAAGGGCGUGUUGUGUUUUGCACAAUAUUGCGAACGAGAGCGAUUUAGAAUUUUCGCCAGAAGUUUUAAUUGAAGGAAGAGCAGAAAAUGAAUGUGGUGAAACAGCCAGAGGAAACUCUGUCCGGGAUGCCAUUUGUAUGGAUUUGCCACCGAGGCAACAAUCAAGAAGUAUUCCUUAAUUUUAACAUUUAGAUUAAGAUUAAAAUAAGAUUAAUAUUAAGAUUUAGUUUAAGAUUUAGUAUAAG